UCUUGUUUUGCGAGCUGUCAAACGGGCUUGUUGCACUUAGAGCUUUAGCGUAAAGUAACACAGAAGAGAAAAUAAAGCAGAUUUUUUUGUUUUGUUUUCUUCAGAAAUAGUUUUUCGACGAGAAUAAUUAUUUUAAACGGAAGACAGCCUUAAAAUAACACGUAGUUACUUUAAAAAAAAAAAAAGAAAGAAAUCGUGACCCUGAUUUGCAUUUUGCGGUACACAGUAGCGGUAGCGAGUAACUGAACAGGUCAAGAUCAAUGACAAAACAAAGUGCCUUUUCAAAUGCCGUUCCUACUUAAAGCUGCUUCUUCAGACUGUGUCUCUUUAAAGCUUAAUGUUCCUUAUUAGACAGUGCCCUCGUCAGAGCUGUGCCAGAAGAUACCUCAACUGUGACAACUUGCCCUCCAUUUCAUUUGUCUGACUCCAGCGUUUAAACAAAACGAAGUGGAAAGAUUUACUGUGAGAGGAACGCUGCUAAAGCACAAAAAGCUGAUGUGGUUUCAGAAUUGAAUCAAUACCAGCAAGCAUUCAGCAAACAAUUAAUAUUCUAUCAAGGAGUGCCAUUGCAUUGAAAUAACUUUAUUUAGACACUGUCAGCGAAACAAUCAAGAAACUCAGACGUUAUAUCAAUCCAGAGUGCCACUGAGCAUGUACCUUUCUGCAGCCAGAAGCCUAACGAGUAGUGGGGAAAAACUGAUUGAUGAGUCUGCUGUCCUGAUAAAUCGUCUGUUCCCAAUGCUGCUGCAGUGUUGGUAGAUCUGUCUACUGUCUUCAUUUUGAGAUCUUAUGAAAUUCCAGAGCCUAAAGUUUUUAUGAACACAAGUGCUGUUCUUGAUGUUGUGAUUUUAGUGAAGUUUUAAUGUUAUUUAUUUUUAAACAAAUUUGGUUUCUUCUGUAAAUCUUCUGGUUCACUUUAAAAGUUUGACAUGGCUUUAAACAUAACUUCGAUGCGAGAUACGAAAUGGCUGACGCUGGAAGUGUGCCGGCAGUUUCAGAGAGGAACUUGUUCACGUACCGACGAGGAAUGCAAAUUUGCACACCCACCAAAAAGCUGCCAGGUUGAAAAUGGAAGAGUUAUUGCCUGCUUCGACUCACUUAAGGGUCGGUGUACAAGAGAAAACUGCAAAUAUCUUCAUCCACCAGCACAUUUAAAAACACAGCUAGAAAUAAAUGGACGCAACAACCUUAUUCAACAAAAAACAGCAGCCGCAAUGUUGGCUCAACAGAUGCAGUUCAUGAUACCAGGCACACCCAUGCAGCAACUACCUACAUUUCCUGUAACUCAAGCUUUAGGAUCAAACCCUGGCAUAAGUUUUGCUCCAUAUCUUACUCAAGUAGCACCAGGCGUGGGAUUAAUGCCCACAGAAAUGCUCCCUAGUGCACCUGUCAUUAUGCCAGGAAGCCCUCCUGUUACAGUCCCGGGGUCUGCUUCAACACAGAAACUUCUGAGAACGGAUAAACUGGAGGUUUGUAGGGAGUUUCAGCGUGGAAACUGUGCAAGAGGAGAGACCGACUGCCGCUUUGCUCAUCCGAGCGACAGUGCAAUGAUCGACACGAGUGACAACACAGUGACAGUUUGCAUGGAUUACAUCAAGAGUCGCUGUUCCAGAGAGAAGUGCAAAUACUUCCACCCCCCGGCUCAUCUACAGGCCAAAAUUAAAGCUGCACAGCACCAGGCCAACCAGGCUGCAGUAGCAGCACAGGCAGCAUGCAUGACUCAGUCGACUGCCAAAGCAAUGAAGCGACCCCUCGAGGCAACUGUAGAUCUGGCUUUCCCACCUGGUGUUCUGCAACCCCUACCAAAGAGACAAGCACUUGAAAAAAGCAACGGUGCCAGCACAAUCUUUAAUCCCAGUGUUUUGCACUACCAACAGGCUCUAGCAAAUGCACAGUUCCAACAGCCCACAGCAUUCAUUCCCUCAGAUCAUCCUGAAAUAAUCAACAAAAAAGGAAUGGAGUGUCAAGAUGCUGCACUAAGAAGCCCAAAACAGCCCUUCUGUAAAUACUAUAUUUCCUCCUCAUUAGAAGUACAACAACCUGCAUGCUAAGAGUUAAAUUAUUAUGGACAAAUCAUUACAUAUAACAUUGAGUGCUGUUGAAAUAUAUAUGAAUUAUGUAUAUGUAUUACUAAAACAAUAUUGACAUGUAAAUGACACACAAUCAAAAAACUUUUACAUAAACACUAUUUAGGUAAAGGUGGAGAUUUCAUUUUAAUGAUUGUUUUCAAGAGUAAUGUGGAUUACGGUAUCUCUUUCCAUACUUGUUUAAAAGUGUACAUGGUUCACACUUGAUGGAGACCACCUAAUUUGCACUGUCUCAAUUAAUAUAGUGCUUAAUGUUGAGUGUUUGAUUGUUUCAAUCAAAACAUAUACUGUACAGUUCAAUUUUAAUUUCUUAGACACACCUAUAUUGCACUUGGCAAGUCACCAGAAAGUGGUUUACUUAAAAUUGAAUGUCAAACCAGUAAGGCACUGCUUUUCUGGUGGGUUUUACACUUUAUAAGGUUAGGGAAAUUAACUUAACAGUGCCCCCAUUUAUUGGUCUAGUACAAAGGUUUAAAAAUCAGUUUAAAUAUAGUGUGCAGCAUAGCUGCAAUGAACUUGUGUUAUUGCAAUAAUGAGACUUCUCUUGGUUGUGACUUGUAGACAAAACAGCCAUGCAGACAUUUGCAUAUGUCAGUUUGAGGAACCUUAAUGUAAUUGAGAAUCCAGUCACCAGCCUACACUGGGUUUGCACCUGCCCCCCAUAUCAGUUUUUCAAAUUUGAAGGCGUUCCUCAGAGGAAAAGACCGAUGGAAGCUGUAGUUCCAUUGAGAGUUUGGUAUAAUAGGGACUCUUGUUGUUGCCUCCAGUAAUUGUAUUAGGGGAUUCGAAAAGCUAGUAGGCUGACCCAGUACGAAAGGCAGUAUGUAGGCAGACUACAUAAAGACUGGACAGAAUUGACUGGCAAGUACAUGACCGAUUUAAUAAGCAGAAGUCUCAUCAUUGUCUAAAGCGUGGUUAUUUUCAAACAGGUUAUUCUAGGGUGUAAACCAGCCAAUGGGGGUGUCAUUCAUAAGGGAUAAUAGAAUGCCAAGAAAAUGCAAAAAUGUUAAUUAGCUGAUCCUUUCAUGUAGGACAAGGAAGGUUUUAAUCUUCUUUUGCUGUUGUUUCCUCAAAAAUCAUAUUUUCUUUGAUAAAUUGUAGAAGUGCCUAAUAAAAUUCAUAUUACAAGCAACUAGAGAAGAUGAGACAAGUUUAAAAAAAAAAAGAAAAAAAAAAGCAAUGUAAAACUUGUUAAAACAUCCAACAUCUUCCCAGGUUAAGUUAAAAAGCACUGUACUUCUGAUGGGUUAUUCAUUUUACCAGUUCGAAUACACUUGUAUAUUGAUCUUGGAAAGCAGUGUAUGUAUUCUACAAACACAAGUACACACUGUAUCUAAAACAAGAUUUACCAAGAAUGUUCAGUAAUGUCUGAUAAUGCAAAAUUACCAUAGGAUCUAAAGUAGUUUACAUUAGAGAACUGGUUGAAAACGAGUGAAAAAACAGGAAAAGGAAUUAUGCGUUUAAUGUUUUAAACACAUUAGUCUCUUAACUUAGUGUCUUGGGUGCAUUGUCAUAACCAUUAUAAACAAAUCACACAUUUGUUCUGUAAUAUGACCAUUUAAAGAAGAGGUUUCAUUUAGGAGGGGUAAUAAUCAGUACUUAGUUUGUAUGAUAUUUAAUGGUCACCAUUUGAUCACAUUGUAUAGCUAACUGCCAUAAUAUUUCUAUUCAGUUAUUUCCCUUUAAGUGUAUUUCUAACUUUUAAAGACAUUAUUUUCAGUUAAGGACCAGUCAUUGUCUUGCAGCCUUUUAUUAAAAUAUGAAUUUAUAUAAAUCAAAAUCAUGAUAUUUUUUCAGGGUGAAUUGAUUAACACAAAAUCUACAAUAAAACUCCAUUAGCUGAGCAUGAUUAAGGCACUAUUCUACAAUUAUUUUAAUUUUCAUUCUGUAUGCUUUUUCUUCACAAGAGUUACAGUUUUAAUGUAAUUUUUGAUGUUGAAAGUAAUUAAAGAAUAUUUUAUGUCAUAAUUUUAAAUCUUUUUGUUACAUAUUAGUAAUAGAACAAUAUUGUAACCUAUUAUAUUUUAAAAUGAAUGUAAUUUAUUAAGCUAAGCUUAGUUCUACUAUUUUUUUUUUUUUUACAGAAGGACUGAUCUCUUAGAUCAAUUAGUAAGGAGAUGGUCUAGAACUAGUUUCUAGAAUGAAUCAGCUGUUGGUGGCUAGCUUCUUGUUCUCUCACUUGUCACUGCCUUCAUCACCAAUGCAGGGCAAUGAAACACAGUGUGAACAAGGCUUUAGAAUUGUUUGUAUUAUGUAAAAAUGUUUAUUGUAUGGUAACAUUUUACCCAAAAAAAUACAUACGUACUUUUCACUGUAGUAUGGUAGUAUUUCAUAAGAAUAUUAAGUUGUUGCUGUGGCAACAAAAAGUUGCAAUGACUAAAGUUCUGUAUUUUUGUAAAUGAUGUAAUUGUUAAGUGCAGAGAUUUUUUUUCUAGAACACUGUACCACGAGAGAGGGUAAGAUGCAAAAUAAUAUUUAAACAUUUCCCACUUUGCUUCAAUCAAAAUGAUAUUUUCAGUAGCAUUUAAGUUAUUUAAGUUACUAUUGAUAUGAGUGCAAGUUGGUUCCUUUAACAAAACUUGAAAGUGGAAGUUGUUACCUAUGGCAUUAAUUACAAAAAAAAAAAAAAAAAACUGUAGUUUUCCCUUAUUAAUCUACAAAUGAAGACCUUGCUGUUUUAAACAAA